UUCUCUAUAAUCCUGGCGUCAGAGUCAAACGAGAGGCAUACGUUUGUGUGCCGUAAGCAACGGCAACUGAAAGGGUUACUUCACCAUCCGCAUAGUUUGGGAGUGUGUAUGUGGGACAGGGCAAAGUCAACAUGUCUACUUCAUCUUCGCGGCUAACAACAGUUAUCUUUGUUUUGUUUUGCCUUUUUUACAUCACUUUUUUGCUGCUGGGGGCCCUGAUUGUGUCGACAAUCGAGCAGCCAUAUGAGGCACGGCUGCGGGAUGAGAUGCGAGUACUUCGGUCUCAGUUUGUGAAUGCCAGUAAAAGUUGUUUGGAUGAUAAUGCCCUGGAAACGUUUUUGAUGCAGGUGUUGGACGCUAACAAAUAUGGAGUAUCUGUAUUGCGGAACGCGUCAGUCAACACCAACUGGGACUUUGCAUCCUCAUUCUUUUUCACCGGCACUUUAGUAACCACAGUCGGCUAUGGACACACCACUCCCCUUUCGGAUUCUGGGAAGGCCUUCUGCAUCUUCUUUGCUUUGGUGGGAAUUCCUUUCACCUUGCUGGUCCUGUCUGCAAUUGUCCAGCGCCUUAUGAUUUUCAUCACACAUCGACCAAUCCAUUUCUUUCAGACACGUCAUGGUUGGCCAAAAAGGACUGCAAGCCAAGUGCAUUUUAUGAUCCUUUUUUUAGUGAUUCUGGUUUGCUUCUUCAUUCUACCUGCAGUUAUUUUUAGUGCAAUUGAAGAAAGUUGGUCGUUUUUGGAUGCCUUCUAUUUCUGUUUCAUUUCACUUUCCACUGUUGGCCUUGGUGAUUAUGUACCGGGAGAAAAAUAUGGUCAAAAGCUCCGUGCUUUCUAUAAGAUUUCUGUUACUGUUUACUUACUGCUGGGUCUUAUAAUGCUGCUACUGCUGCUGCAAACCUUUCAGAAAACGGCAGACCUGUAUGGUAUCCCAAGUCUGUUUCAGUUACCCCCAUGUGAUGAUGAGGACGACGACCAUGAGAGGAUAAUAGAUGCUUCUGAUUUGCAGGAGUCUGAAAAAGAAAACAGUGUAGAUAAAAUGGCGAACAAACACUUGAAUUCUUCUGCACAGCCAACAUAUUCCUCUAUUAAUCGAUGACCGAAGGAGAACAAAAGAAAUAACUAGGGACACCUUUUGAAAUUUAAUUUUUAUAGCGUGCCAACAUACAGCAUGCUAUUUAACCAGAACUGUGUUGAAACUGUGGUCCUAUCGUUUUGUGAAGAAUUUUUUUUCCAAGUUUCCAUAAUACUGAGUGCCAUUUCCAAUGAGACCACCUGCUUGUAGCAGUGCACUGAUGUGCUAGUUAGCAUAUUGUUGCUGUUCAUAUGUGCAAUAUAGACAUUCUACUGCAUGCAUUUUUGGCCACUUUUGAAUCACAUUCCUAGUGCUCAUUGACUUGAAAAAUAAAUGCCGAGUUGAUUUGUCAUGUACACGUUUGCUUCAGCUGCAUUACUGUAACCAGUAGAAAGUGGCAAGAAUAGUGAAGUCUUUGUAGUAGAUUGUGACUCCCUAAUGUGUUACAAUGAAUGCAGCUAUUAAAAUGUCCUUUUGUAUCCUGUUUUCAGAUAGUUGGCCAAGGGAGAUUUACUAGCUGCUGUACUUUUUUGUAUAUGAACUUAACAGUAAUUACCCACCUUUAACUCAAUUUCACUGUUUGUCAAGAUUUUUGUGGUCGUGGCUGUGGGUGGGUAUUUCCAUAUGGCAAUCAGCAUUAGAAUGUAACAUCUACUUUGCAUUUUGGGUGACUCAUUGAUGACCACUGUUUCAUCUGGCAGUUUCACUACACGUGCCAAAAAUCAACAGUCUGCAGUGAUGCUUGGUCUUUGUCUUUAUUCUUACAUUGUUUGCUGGCAUAAGGCAAGCUUUACAGUACCAUUUAUUUCCUUUGUAUUUCUAUUUUUAAUGGGACCAUUGCAUGCCAUCUAAGCUGUAGUAGCUGUCAAAGGACUUGUGUGCUGUAAUAUGACAAAGGUGUUUGAGAGCAGCCACCUGUGAUUAGCUGUUCCAGUCUCAUUUUAUGUAAACUGGCUGCCUGUCAAGUUUCCUGAACUUUCCACGUCUGAAAUGGAUGUGGAUAAUUCAGUAGCAGUUGCUUCCAGAUGGGCAGUGCAGUGAACUUUUAAGUAAUCCCUUGUAUCAUCUUUGAGCUCAAACUGAGAUAUAGAAGUUCACCUUAAUAUUUUAAUAAUUAGUGGCCAGUGAACACCUUUCUUUCUCUGUAGGGUGUUUAUUUUGAAAGGCUGGAUUUUGGCAGCGAUGUGUUGGACUAAACAUUUUUUAUCAGAUGUAUAGGUUCAUAGGUUAAUACUAGGCUAUCUGCCCUAGGGCAUUUACAAGCCUAGCCAGAGUGUUUGGCUUUCACCACCCUUUUAAAUGAGUUUAUUAUACCCUUUUAAGGUUGGUUUACUGUGCCUCUGUCUAGCAGUGA